GCGUCUUCCGCCUCCUCUCCCGCCUACGGCGAGCGGCGAGCGGCACAAAAGGGCCGGCGGCGGUGGGAGGCGAAGCGCGACCCUGGCCUGUCAUGGAGAGUCGGGGGCCGCAAGAGCCUAAUGAGCAUUCAGAAUCUGAAGUGGAGGAAUCUAGCAUACCACCAGCUGCUGAACCAUCUGAGGACCAGACACCUAUAGUUGAAUCCCCACCGUCACUGGAUGACUUACCUGGGGCUGAAACACCAGCAUCUGCAGACCAGCCAUCUGUAGCGGAAUUGCUAGUGUCUGCAGACCAGCUGGUUGUGGAGAAACCACCAGGUUCUGAGGGCCAGUUACCUGUCAUUGAAUUUCCCACAUUCAGGGAAAACUCACCUGGGAUUGCAUCACCUGUGGGCGAACUGCCAGGUUUCAAAGUCAAGAUGUACAUGUCUGACUCCGCACAGGCUGGUGGUAAAACAUCUGAGGCUGGGUCAUCAGGAACUAUAGUCAAGCCGACAGAGGCUACAUGUGAAAUAUUGGAGCAGCCAAAGGUGUAUGAAGACCCCUUUGAAGUCUCCAUUAAGUACAUGGAGAAACAUAAUAUUCUGCAGAUAUUUCAGGAGAUCACAGAAAAACUGGUGUACCAGAAGCCCGAGGACCCCUUGCAGUUCAUGUUGCUGCAGGUGCAGUCUAUGAUAAAUGCCAGGCAGGCAGAAAUGGAGGGAAUAUUGGAGGAGAACGAAGAUGCGAAGGUGUUUCUGGAAGAGGUCCUGUACACUCCUUUUCGUCCCUGCUGACCUUGCUCUUGCAGUAUUGCAUGGGGCCUUCACAACACCGUGCUUUUGUAGUCAUUGGCAGUAACUUGGAACAGGCCUGGUUGUAUCUCUGUUUCCUGAUUUUUCUGUUCUGUACGCUUUUGCUUCCACUUGGGUUUAAAUCCUGCAACCAAGUUUGGAUGCACAAACUCAAAUCUUAAAGUGUGCAUGGACUGGCAUACACGUGUGGCACAUCUUGAAGAGGCAGGUCUGCUGAACUCCUAUGCAGUCUCUGCAUACAAAUACAUAAAUCCCACAUUUAGGCCACCCCUAGACUCUGUUUCUCUGUGCAGAGAAGCCUCACAGCUCAGACAAUGCAAGCACAAAAGCAAGUAGAAUUAAAAAGCAGCCCUGGACAACCCACAGUCCUCUCUUUUUUUCAUGCUGCAUUGGUGGCUUACUGUCUCCAGCUAUGCAGCAGCACCAAUGUCCAUCUAAUACUUUGAGAGGCUGGAUCUGUGGCCUUUCUGCUGCCCCCAGAGCUCCCCUGAAGCAAGAAGCUGUCUCUCUGCCUCUUACACACACUGGGCGCAGCUGUCUUGCCCUUAACCAUCCCUGCUGGGUUCCAAUCACUCUGGUUUUUGGGGUUGUCCUGCUUGUAUCAUUGCAAGUAUAGUGUAUAUUUUGAUAAACAGAACAGUAAAGCAAGUGUUGCAUGCACCCUCUAUGGCUUCAGAAGAUGGCACUCAGGAAUAUGGGAGGUGAAUAAAACUAAACAAACCAAAAGCAAGCACUGGUAGCCCAGGAAAUUCAGAGUCAAGGUACACUUUGCAAGCAGUCGUUUGAACUGCUUUUGACUCUCAAAACACUUAGGAUCCUCGUUUUCGUACUAUCUAAGUGUCUGUUUCCACCCUGUAAAGCAAGUUUGUCUUUCUUGCCUCUUGCCUAAAGAUUAUUGAAAAUGUGCAACGGAGCAUACUGUUAUUCUGGCUUCAUUUCAUGUGUAUGUGCUGAUGCCAGAAAGUUUUUUGUCAAUACAGACUUUUCUCUUUUUUAGGCAAGUGCUCUAAUUUCCUGAUGGAUGGUAGUGUAUUCCCAAAUGACUGUCUCUAUGGCUAUGAAGAGAGCACCAUAGAAACUUAUCUUCCAUCUAUCUAUUUUCAGCUAAAAGUCUGAUGAUUAGGUUGUGUGAUACUCCACAGCCGAGUGUGGGCCCAGAAAGUCUGGGAAUAACAGAGGCAAGUAUUUGGCAUACAAAAUCAGUGUCUGAGAUGAGUUGCCUUUCUAUCCAAGACUCUCAGAAAAGAUCAAUUAAUUCACGUGCUUCCAGGUUAAAGGCAGGUAACCACCCCUGUCAUUCAUAGGGCAGGAAGGUUUUAAAGGUAUUGUGGGCCUAAAGGUGGCUCAAGAUUCAGGUAAAAUCUUCAUGGGUUUUAUAAGAGGUUUGAUGUAGACUUUAGGCAUCUAGGUCCCACUGAAGCACUGAGAUGCUUUUGAAAGCCCUACUUACCUUCAGCAACUGGAAGAAUUGGACACUUAAUGAAACAGAGAGCACAAUUGUUUUUCAGCCUGAUAAAUACUUGAUCAAGAAUUUGUAACUGGCCCUAUACAUACCUGGCCUGUGAAUGUAAGGGAAGUGCUAAUGCACCUCUGUGAAACAGGCAAUGAAUGGAAGAUUAAGAUACCGUUGAAACCUUUUCAUCUCUGUGGCCACUUGUCAGCAUGUUUUCCCAAGAGGUGGAGAUGUUGGCAUGUCUUUGAAUUUUGCUGUAGAACAGGAUUAGGGUGCUUUGGGAACAGCUUUAGCUGUGAAUUUCCUAGGUUUCUAUUAUUUGUGUAUUGUAUUUUGUUGUCUUUUACUUAUGAAAAACUUUUGAGUUGUAAUAUGUUCGCAGACUAUAAGUGUAUGCCCUCAACUUCAUGUCAGGAUUAAGGGAGUUAUGCAAGGAAAGAUCCUUUAUUUCUCUUUCAGAUAAGUUAAAGUGAACUGGAAAGCAGUCUUUUUAUGGAUGACAAAAGUUUUGCAAGAGAGGCCCUACUCAGUGUUCCUCAGCAAUAUCAGGGCCAAAAUUUUCCUUUGAUGGCCUGGCCACAUAAUCUCAUGCUACCAAAGUUGCUGCAUGGUAGCAAGAAGUCCUCUCCGGUGCGUGUAAGAGAGGGCACCUGUCUUUUCUGUUUCUUAAGAUCAAGGUCCCCCUCCUUUCAGGAGCAGCAGUCAUACAGAAAUGAAUGGGGCUGCACUCAGGACAGCUGCGUGGGCCUGCGGUUGGCUUGUGCAGAUGGUAAGAGACUGUGGAAGGCAGUAGGCCAAGGACAACCCGUCAGCUUUCACAGACUUAGAGGGGAAUUGAUCAGCUCUGAGCAAGGGCUUUGACCAGAAAUCUUGGAAAACCCAUCAUGAAGCAUCUGCAGAGAAAUGUCACUUCCUUCUCCUCAAGCCUCUCAGAUGAUUGCAUUCUAUUCUGAACUGCAUUUUUUCAAGGAGAAAAGUCCAGGAACUUAGUUUUAUGAAAACAAAAAAGCAUCCUCCAGAAGGUGUGCAGAUUAUUGUGUUCAGGCUGGUGCAACACAGUUGUCCUUUUUGAUUUGCUUCAGAGUUUUGUUGAAAAAUACACCUUAGAUCUAGAAAAAUUCUACCUCACAUUAAGGCACUAAUGCACCACUGCUGUUUGUGUGUGUGAAGGCUUUUUUGUGGCGAAGAAAAGGAGAAAAGUUAGAUUUAAAAUGGAAACAUUUAUUGUAGUCUGAAUUCCAGAGUGCCUGUCCCUUUUCCAUAAUUUCUUUCCCAAACCAUCAGAUCCAUGUUUCUUCUUCAUUAAGUGGACAUUUAUCAACAUGACAUUAAACUGUCGUUACAUUUCUUGCCUUGGGUGCUCUGAAGGAAUUAGCAGUUCAUUGUGUGUAACCGAAACUAUUCCAUAUAAGUCCUUAUAGCACGCUAGUCACUGUAUAUUUGAAUGCCCUCCAGUAGUGUGCUAAGCAACGUGACUAACAUCUGUUGUUUGCUCUUUCUCCUCUCCACGAGAGAUAUGCCUGUGCACUGAAGUGCAUUCUUUUUAAAAAAGUGUUUUGUUUUUUUACCCGCACCUGUGUAUUUCUGAGUGCUUCUAAUGGAUAGGAAUAGGUCAUGGAGUGGAAGGUGGUGAGGUUGGAGAGAACUUUGUAGUUCGCAAGGGUGUUUCCUCCGUAGUUUGAGCUGGGCACCGAGAAAGUGCCGUAUUCUCACAGUUGAGAUUUUUUGCUGGUCUGUGGACCGGCAUAGGAGUAUGACAUCCAGUUCAGCUGCCAAAUAGCAUGACCGUUUUUGUUGUGAAACUUGUAAUUCCUCAGAAGCAGGAUGUGGAGGGGCCAGCCAGAAAGAAAUUGUACACACCUUGAAAUAGGUGUCUUGGAUCAAAAUAUCAGAUUCUUUUCUGCCAUCUUUGUAAUGAACUUAAAAUUACUCACAUGCCCCAAGCAAUACUAAAGUUGCUUGUGUACUGCCUCUUAACCAAUUAAAAAAAAAAAAACCCAUAACGUUGUAACUGGUGAUUAAAGAUCCUUUGAAAAGUU